CCGGGACAACCGGAGACUGAACCUCCACACUGUGACCUCCACACAACCGGAGAGCCGAGCAGAACUCUCACCGAGCACCGAAAAUCACUUCAAAGUCCAUCUUUCUGAGUGUCUGCAGGACUGUCCCAUCAUGCGUCUCCGGUUCGUCCUCUGCGUAACGGCGCUGCUCGCGUGCCCAUACCUGAUCACCGGGUCCCGGAUAGCCAAACGCUUCGCCAUCGGCUGCCCCGAGAAGUGCGACAAGUCCCAGUGCGCGCCGAUCCCCGCGGACUGCCUGGCGGGAGACGUGCUGGACCGCUGCGACUGCUGCCCGGUGUGCGCGUCCGGCGAGGGCGAGCAGUGCGGCGGCACCGGGGACCGCGAGUGCGCCGAGGGGAUGGAGUGCGUGGUGACCGACGGCGUGGAGGUGUCCGCCACCGUCAGGCGGAGGGGCAAGGCCGGGAUGUGCGUGUGCACCAACUCCGACCCGGUGUGCGGCAGCGACGGCGUCUCCUACCGGAACGUCUGCGAGCUGAAGCGCGUCAGCAACCGGGCGACGAAGCUGCAGCAGCCGCCGGUGAUUUUCAUCCAGAGAGGAGCCUGCGGCAAAGCUCAGCAGAAUCCCGACAGUCUUCGCUACAAAUACAACUUCAUCGCUGACGUGGUGGAGAAGAUCGCGCCUGCUGUGGUUCAUAUUGAACUUUAUCGCAAGAUGAUAUUCUCAAAGCGGGAGGUGGCAGUCGCCAGCGGCUCUGGGUUUGUCGUGUCAGAGGACGGACUCAUCGUCACCAACGCCCACGUGGUCGCCAACAAGCACCGAGUGAAGGUGGAGCUGAAGAGCGGAGCCACAUUCGACGCCAAAAUCAAAGAUGUGGACGAGAAGGCCGACAUCGCUCUGAUCAAGAUCGAUGCACCGAUGAAGCUGCCGGUGCUGCUCCUCGGCCGGUCGGCGGACCUGCGUCCCGGCGAGUUCGUGGUCGCCAUCGGCAGCCCGUUCUCCCUGCAGAACACCGUCACCACCGGCAUCGUCAGCACCACCCAGAGAGGCGGCAAAGAGCUGGGCCUACGCAACUCCGACAUGGACUACAUCCAGACCGACGCCAUCAUCAACUACGGCAACUCAGGAGGGCCACUCGUCAAUCUGGACGGAGAGGUGAUCGGCAUCAACACUCUGAAGGUCACAGCAGGAAUCUCCUUCGCCAUCCCGUCAGACAAGAUCCGACAGUUUCUGGCAGAGUCACAUGACCGACAGGCCAAAGGAAAAACGUUACAGAAGAAGAAAUACAUCGGCGUCAGAAUGAUGAGUCUCACUUCCACACUAGCGAAGGAGCUGAAGGAGAGGCAGUCCGACUUCCCCGAUGUCACCUCGGGGGCUUACGUCAUCGAGGUCAUCAGCCGGACUCCAGCUGAGAACGCCGGCCUGCAGGAGGGAGACGUCAUCAUCAGCAUCAACGGCGAGCGAAUCACCUCAGCCAGCGACGUCAGCAGCGCCAUAAAGCGGGACGAGACGCUGCGGACGGUGGUGAGGCGAGGCAACGAGGACGUCAUCCUCACCAUCGUCCCCGAGGACAUCGAGCCGUGACCUCUCAGCUCCAACGAGCCAACAACCAACCAAUCAAUCACGAGCUGGCUCUCUGUGUUUUUCAGCCAAUCAUGAACACUCUGAAAAACCGAGCAACCAACAGGGUGAGGUGUGUGUACGUGUGUGUGUGCGUGUGUGCGUGCGUGUGUGUGUGUGUGUGUGUGCGUGCGCUCCUCUUCAUGCUGUUCGGCUCACACAUUUCCUCACAGGUCCAACUCGACGACCCCGUGAGCUGAAGCCUUCAGGCUUCAUGUUAGUUUCAUUAUUCUUCUAAUCCCAAAUUUUUUUGUUUUUUUCCCCAUCAUCUCCGACCUUCGAUGUCAUAACGUCCUCCGUCUCCACGCAGAGGUCACUGCAGGUUACCCUCCGUCUCUUUAGUUGUGUUUGUUCUCAAUGGAAUAUUUUUUUAAUUGUAUUUUUUUGUCUCUGUGUGUUUGAUGACAAUUUUUCAAAACAGGGAAUAAAAUGAUUUGUAAUACAUUUGUGGUUUUUAUC